AUGUGUUAUUAUAAUCGUUUAUUCGGUAAAGUACGAUUCAGACGAGAUUUAUUGAUAAAGUCUGUCUCGUUAAAACUUCAAGGAAGAAACACGCCGGUGACACCGUGCCGUGGCAGAGCCCUAAAACCGUCAUAUUCGAACAGCCGCUGUUCAUCGGAAAAUCGGUCGUUUGGAAAUCUGCAAACGCUAUGGUCUCGGGAAACUCGUGGAGAAUUCAUCCAAAAUAUUUUCGUCAAAUUUCGACUGGUUUCAGUCAUACGACGGACCUUCAAAUACGGUUUACGAAAACCCGGUCGGAAGUGUGGAAAUAACGACUCGUGGUGGUUUCGUGGUACUCGGUGCCGAUGCAAUAGACAUUGGCGAUCGUUUAGAAUUUAG